UCCGCAGGAGCCACCUCGCACCCUUCCCCGCCGUCCGUUCUGCCAGCUUCGCCCCGGCGCCAUCCACCUCAUCUCCACCUGCUCCGCCGCUCCGCCCUCGGGCCAUGGCGGCGGCGGCGGCGGCUCUCCGUACCCCCGCGCGGCUGGGACUCGACGGUGCCGCCGCCGGAGAGCAGUGGCUGCGCAAGCGACAGCGGCAGCGCGGGCCCCCGGCGCCUGUCGCCGUGCCGUGCCGGUGGAAGGCGGCGGCUGCCGCGGUGGUCCGGUGCCAGCGAGCCGCCGGCGCCGCCAUUGUCGAGAAGAAGGAUGCGUCGGUGGCCGCUGCUCAGGAGAGAGGCGGCGACGGGGGCGCGGGGCCGGGGCUCACCGUCGUGAUGAAGUUCGGCGGGUCGUCGGUGGCCUCGGCCGAGCGGAUGCGGGAGGUGGCCGACCUCGUCCUCAGCUUCCCCGAGGAGCGGCCGGUCGUCGUGCUCUCCGCGAUGGGGAAGACCACCAACAAACUCCUCGUGGCUGGGGAAAAGGCAGUGAGCUGCGGCGCGGCGAACGUCUCCGAGCUCGACGAGCUCUCCUUUAUAAAGGAAUUGCACCUUGGGACGAUUGAUCAGCUUGGGCUAGAUAGGUCAAUUGUUUGUGGUUUGUUGGAUGAACUAGAACAACUUCUUAAAGGAAUUGCUAUGAUGAAAGAGCUGACUCUUAGAACACGAGAUUAUCUGGUUUCCUUUGGUGAAUGCAUGUCUACAAGAAUAUUUGCAGCGCUUUUAAACAAAAUUGGGGUAAAAGCUCGGCAGUAUGAUGCGUUUGAAAUUGGCUUUAUAACUACCGAUGAUUUCACAAAUGCGGAUAUUCUGGAAGCAACUUAUCCUGCUGUUGCAAAGAGGCUACAUGGAGACUGGAUUAAUGAUCCUGCUAUUCCUAUUGUCACUGGCUUUCUUGGAAAGGGAUGGAGAUCUGGUGCAAUAACCACCCUAGGCAGGGGUGGUAGCGACCUGACAGCUACAACCAUUGGCAAAGCCUUGGGAUUAAGAGAAAUCCAGGUUUGGAAAGAUGUUGAUGGUGUUUUAACAUGUGAUCCUAAUAUUCACCCAAAGGCAAAACCUGUGCCAUACUUGACAUUUGAUGAGGCAGCUGAACUUGCCUAUUUUGGUGCGCAGGUUUUGCAUCCACAGUCAAUGCGACCAGCUAGAGAAGGUGAUAUACCUGUUAGGGUUAAGAAUUCUUAUAACCGUCGUGCCCCUGGUACCCUCAUCACUAAAGCAAGAGAUAUGAGUGAGAGUAUUUUGACUAGCAUUGUAUUGAAAUCAAAUAUUACAAUGCUUGAUAUAGUGAGCACGCGCAUGCUUGGCCAAUAUGGUUUUCUAGCUAAGGUCUUUUCAAUAUUUGAAGAUUUGGGCAUCUCUGUUGAUUGUGUGGCUACCAGUGAAGUCAGCAUAUCUUUGACCCUGGAUCCAUCAAAACUAUGGAGUUGUGAAUUGGUUCAGCAGAAAAAUGAACUUGAUGAUGUCAUUGAAGAGCUCGAAAAGAUAGCAGUUGUUCAUCUUCUCCAGAACAGGUCAAUAAUAUCUUUAAUUGGUAAUGUGCAGAGGUCAUCUUUGAUUCUUGAAAAGGCAUUUAACGUUUUACGAAGAAAUGGUGUCAAUGUCCAGAUGAUCUCGCAAGGGGCAUCCAAGGUGAACAUUUCAUUGGUUGUCCAUGACAGUGAGGCAAAACAGUGUGUCCAAGCCCUCCAUUCUGCUUUCUUUGAGAAUGGCUUCUUGUCGGAAGUUGAUAAAAUGGACGUUCUGCACGAUGACUUCGCAUCGCAUUCCAACAGAACAGUUCACAGCCAUUAGCUUAGAUUUUAAUAUAGUCCCCCGUGAGGCUAGGAGGGUUCGGCAUCCAAUGUCUCGUGAGAGGUUCUGGUUUAUGGCUAUUUCUAAAUAGAAAUAUAUAGUGCUGCCAAUUGUCCAAUGAUCUUACUAAUCGAAUGGAGAGAUGCAUGUCGCUCUCUGAACUGUAAAGGGGGUGAGUCAAUUAUUCUGUCAGUGUGCUUGUUUGACUCAAUCUAUUUCAGGCGUGUUGGAACGCCGGAAUUUCACAAUGUUCUUGCAGAAA